CGAAAAUUCUUGGUCAUUUUCAAGCCGGGUAAUUUUCGAAAAGAGCUUGACAUUUUCCUAUUACACGGCGACGGUCACACUCAGACAGAGACAUAAAAAACAACAGAGACAGCGAGGGAAUGAAAAAUACAAAUAAAUUAAAGGCGGACAACCGAAAACCAAAUAGCAAAGAGGGAUAAAAGGGCUGAGAUCAAUUAAACACCGCCGGACUUCACACGGAGAAAUUUGUCAUAGAAAUUGUUUUUUUUUAAACAAAACACAAUCUUGCAAACACACACGUUUCUUUAGCGUUACACAAUUGUGGAUUGUGGUGUGACAAUUGUUCUGGAUUCAGUUUAAAUCACGAUGAGUAUUUGGGGUAUCCGAUGUCUUACGCAGAAGUUCAUCCGUCAGGCUUAUAUUCUGGCCAGCAGGCGGCUAAUGAGCCCAGUGCCACAGCGAUCACCGCCGGUAUAUGCACCACAUCGUUUGGCUCACAGUAGUCUCUAUCAAAUGGUAAAGAAACGUACCCUCGAGGCGCGCACCAAAUUGCAAGCAAACAAAUAUCCGAAUAACCAAGCCUGCGUCACCAAGCCCCUAACCAUGACCCAAAAUGAAGAAUGCGAGGAGGUCGCGGAGGCCACCGGCAUUCCCAGUUUCGCCAAUGCCCAGUUUCAAGCCCAAUCUCAGUCGGAGCCACUCUUUAAAGUGGGCUUUGCAGAUGUCAAGUCAGUCUGCAGCGCUAAGGAUGUGCUCAAGUCUGAUAGCGCACGGCUCAGCACCAGCCAAACAGUUCUAGAUAGCUGCAAGCAACCCAAUCCUUGUGAGGAAUUCAAACGAAAACGAAAAGAGACAACUUGCCAGCCGUGCAACGAGGAUGGAACUGCUCCAGGGGACUGUGGUGGUGGUGGUGGUGACGAAGAGGUGGAGUGCCGAAUGAAGGACCUACGUCUCAAGUGCCUGCUUGGUGCCUUGGCCGCUCUACUAGCUGGAGGAUUUCUCGCUUGGUUCAUGACGAGGGAUACGGAAGACAAGGAAGCCAAAAAAGCACAGGAAGAGGAGGAAGAACGGAAACGUAGAUUGAUAGCUGGACUAGCUACGAGUCCGCCGAGUUCUGAGGACCUUCCCAAGCAUGUUCCAUACCUUAUUAUCGGUGGCGGAACCGCUGCCUUCUCAGCCUUCCGAGCAAUCAAGUCUAAUGACGCAACUGCCAAGGUUUUGAUGAUCAGCAACGAGUUCCGCAAGCCUUACAUGCGUCCUCCGCUGUCAAAGGAACUUUGGUACACGCCCAAUCCCAACGAAGAUCCCAUCAAGGAUUAUAGGUUUAAACAAUGGACAGGUUCCGAAAGAAGCUUGUUCUUUGAGCCAGACGAGUUUUUCGUGGACCCCGAAAAUUUGGAUGACAGUGCCAAUGGCGGAAUAGCUGUCGCUCAAGGUUUCACCGUGAAGAAGGUGGAUGCGCAAAAACGCAUAGUGACGUUGAACGACGGCUAUGAGAUUGGGUACGACGAAUGCCUAAUUGCCACGGGCUGUGCCCCCAAGAACCUGACGAUGCUCCGUGAUGCACCACCCAGUGUGCUUGAAAAAGUAAUGGUCUAUCGUACACCUGAUGAUUUUGAUCGUCUCCGAAAAUUGGCGGCUGAGAAGCGAUCAAUCACAAUUGUUGGUAAUGGUUUUAUCGGAAGUGAGCUGGCCUGCUCUUUGGCUCAUUACUCUAGGGAGAACAAUGGCGGCAAGGUGUACCAAGUAUUCCAGGAGAACGCCAACAUGUCCAAAGUUCUGCCGAAUUAUCUUAGCCGUUGGACGACGGCAAAGAUGGAAGCCCAGGGUGUCUGCGUCAUACCCAAUGCCAGCAUUCGAUCUGCGGUCAGAGAUGAAACCAAUCUAAAGUUGGAAUUGAAUAAUGGUAUGACCUUGAUGUCCGACAUUGUGGUAGUUUGCGUGGGUUGUACACCCAACACAGACCUCGCUGGUCCCAGCAGACUGGAGGUAGAUAGGAGUCUCGGAGGUUUCGUGGUCAAUGCGGAAUUGGAGGCCAGACGGAAUCUUUACGUGGCUGGCGAUGCCUCCUGCUUCUUCGAUCCUCUGCUGGGCAGGCGACGAGUGGAGCACCACGACCAUUCGGUGGUCUCCGGACGGUUGGCUGGUGAAAACAUGACGGGAGCAAAAAAACCCUAUCAACAUCAGAGCAUGUUUUGGUCUGAUCUGGGUCCAGAAAUCGGAUACGAGGGCAUUGGUUUGGUGGACUCCUCAUUGCCAACUGUUGGCGUAUUCGCCCUGCCCUCGAAUACUGGCGAACGGGUGGACCAACUGUCAGAGUCAAGUGAUUCUGAGGUCUCUGCAAGUUCAAGCGAGUCGACGGAGAGCGAUGCCGUUGUUACCCCAGAUGGCGUUACCUGUGAUCCCGAUGAGGCGGCCAACUAUGGCAAGGGUGUGAUAUUCUAUUUGAAAAACGACAAGAUCGUCGGCAUCCUGCUGUGGAACCUCUUCAAUCGGAUAGGCUUAGCUAGGACGAUAAUCAAUCAGAAUAAGAAAUACGAUGACCUCAAUGAGGUGGCCAAGCUGUUCGAGAUUCACGCGUAGAGAACCGACAGUCCCGAGGGGACCAAGGAGAAAAUCUUAUCAUUAUCCUGAAAUGCUAAUAAGUCGAUCAGUACCGAAUGCCUUUAACUGUGUUUACUGUGUACAUAUGCAACUGCAACUAGAUAUGAACGGCAAUGACGCAAUGCAACAGAAAUUUUAGUUUUAUUAUUUUUGGAAUAAACCUUUUUUGUAGUUAACGACAGUAAUAUGUUUAUAUGGUAGCAAUAUCGUAUCGGCAUGUAAAUAUUCAAAAGUCGUGGGUUAGCGAGUAUCUAUCUGUUGAAUUGUGUGUAAUUUUCCUAAUAAAAUAAGCGUCAAAAAAUUUGUUGACAAAAUUUUGCACAGCAUCUAUAUUGUUUAACAUUUUGCAUUUUCACUGUUGAAACUCGCUUUUUUAUCAGUAGAUUGAUUGGUUAUUAAACUAGAAUUAAGGCUUUUGUUUAUUUUUAAAUCAAAGCAUUGGAACUUUGAAAGAGACUUUGUUUUAUUUGAUCAAUAAAUAGUGGUAUUAAGAAGUUCA